GGUUUUUACCAAGUAGUUUUUAUUUCUUUUUUUCAUUUUUUCCGAUCGAAGAAUUUAUCUUCAAAUGAUAUAUCGUAACGAUGGUAUUGGAUAAAACAUCCGCAGCUAAUCUAAAGAAAAUUAUUCAUAAUGGUAUCGAACGUACACGUAAACAGCGAAUUUUCGGUCUAAUCGAUGAAAUUGUCAAUUGUUUACCAUUUAAACAUGAAUUUAUGAAUAAAAGUAAACGAGAAAAAUUGGAACGAAUUCAUUCGUAUAUUAUUGAUUUAAAGAAUAAAAAUGAUGCACUUAUGUUUGCCAAUCCGAAUUCGGUUUUGGUUCAAGAAAUUCAACAAUUACGUGAACGUAUUGAUAAUUUUGAACUAAUGAUUAUUAGUUAUCAGAAUCUUCUUAAAUCAGCUGGUAUUUCUCCGGAUAAACUACUGAUAGAUCCAACAAUACCAGAAACAUGGAAAAAAAGACCAUUGAAAUAUUCAUCGAAAUAUAUGACCACAUCAUCUAAACAUAUUCAUAAUGAAGAUAUUAUUUCCGAUGAUGAUGAUGAUGAUGACGAUGAAGAGGAGAAUGGCCAAAAUAAUCAAACUGUAAAUAGAACGAAAAAUUCUAAGACAAUUAAUCGUAACAUUGAAAGCCGUAAUCAACAUUCGAACAUCAUAUUGACGGCUGCGAAUCUUUCAUCCGCAUCAUCAUUAAUAUCCACUACAUUCAACCUAUCCGGAUUGAAUAGAUCAAAUUCUUCAUCAACAACGGCCACUACACAACAGCAACAACAAUUUGUUUUGGUCAGCUCUGGUGGUCCAUCCGGUGGAUUACAAGCCGUUCCUAUCUGUAAUAUAACUCCAGCAAUUGCCAAUCUAACAAAUAGAACUGCACAUUUACAUCAACCGAUAAAUCAUGAAAAUAUAUCGGAAACCAAACGAUCUUCAAAACGUAGCAGGUCGUUGGACAAUAAUAAUACAAACGUUGAAAAGAAUCAGAAAACCCAUAAUGUAAAUAGCAAUUCAUUAAGCAACAAAUCUUCAAAAUCAUUAAAAGUUGUGAAAAAUUCAUCGAAAAAUAAAGAUCAAACUACUAGUGCAAUGAUACAAUCCAAAUCUAAAGUAACGGCCACAAAGAAAUCGAAAAAGAAGCCCACUGCCACCAGCAACAACGUUAAAGGUAGCGCGUCCAAAACGACAUCAUCGACCAGAUCCAAAACGAAGAAAAAGUUGACCACAAUUAUUGUAGAAGCGCCAUUCAAACAGCUUUCCUCCGACGAAAAUGGCAUCCACAAUGAAAACGAAAAUGAUGUGAUCAUAAUGGAACAAAUGAAUGUUAAUGACACUGAUUCCUGUGUUAAAGAAUCCAUUCAAAAUGAUGGUGCAGAUUCUAAGCUUGAUAAUGCCCAAACUAAUGAACAAAUCGAAGCUAAAAAUUUAAAUCCUUCAACAUUGGUUCAUAAAAAUUCUGAUAUAACUGAUUCAUCAAAUAUCAUUGAUGAAUCAGUUACGAAGAAUAAUUCCAAUUCUCUUGAACAACAAAACGAUGAAGAUCAAGAAACUUUAGAUCUUCAGAAUCCACAAAGUGAAAAUAAUAAUGACAAUUCUAAGCAACAGCAGCCACAACGUUUUUCUGAAAAUGUUAAUUUGGCUGAAACGGUGACAAAUAAAACCAAUUCUACUUCCUCAUCCUAUUACACAGCAAAUCUAUUAAUGCAAACUGAUCCGAAAAUUUCAUCAAACAAUGGACAUGCUGACAAGAAUGCUGAACAUUCUGGUAGUUUAUUCCGUUUUGGAACGAAAUCUUCCGAACAAGAUGGACAACAACAACAGCAACAAAAACGUGCAAUUUUAUCAUCAUCAACAUCCGGUUAUCAUUCUGGCAACCAUCAAUUUGAAUUCGAUUACCAUUCCUUAUAUCAUUCAGCUGAUAUUCAAACAACAACUGUUGAUAAUGUAUCACAAUCACAACUACAGACAACAACAAAUCAUGGUAAAUCAUCAAAUUCAUUCGAAAUGUCCACAUUCGUUUCAUCAACAAAUUCACCAUCUACAUCCAGUGCAUAUAAUACUUAUCAAUGUCCAUCUUCCACAAUGACAUCGAAUCAAAAUUCACAAUUCAAUAAUCUAAUUGAUUUUCAGCCAUCAACAUUUACACAAUCAAAUGAUCAUAUUGUUGGUUCAAAUUGUAUUCUACAGGAAAUUGGUCAGUCAAAUAAUAAUUCCGUGACACGAUCAACAUCUAGAUCGAAUAACAGUAAAUCAUCAAAUCUAUCUACGGCUACUAAUCAACGAAAUAAUAAUAAAAAAUCCCAAACACCUAGUACAACGAAAAACAUUUCACACUCAAGAUCGAAUGGAACUUCAAAAACACUUGUUUCAUCAUCAUCAUCAUCGUCUUCGUCGUCGUCUUCAUCAAUAAAUACAUCAAAAACUUCGAAAACAAUAACGACAGAUGUCGCUUCGACUUCGUCACCAAAUAAACGAAAUUCAAAUGAAAAUUAUUUUCUAAUACCGGAUAUAAUAUCGACAACAUCAUCAUUAUCAUCAUCAACAACAACAUCGAAUAAUCAUAAUUUGAAUCAUCAACAACCAGUGAAUUCAUAUAAUUCGAAUAAUGUCACAGCUGAACAAUCGUCAUCAUCAUCAUCAUCAUCAUAUAAUCAUAAUUCGAAUAUUCGUUAUCCGAAUUUUUUCGUUUCCUCAUCAUCACAUCAAUCGAAUAGUGAUCAACAGCAGCAACAGCAACAAUGCUUAAUCAAUUCUGAAUCAACCCAAGAAGAAUCAUCGAAUUCAGCAUCACAAGAAUUGAUAAGCAGUUGUUAUCCAAUAUUGUUUCGUCCUCAUCAUCAUCAUUCUAAUAGUGGUUCAACGACAACAACAAAUAGUACAUCAUUGCCAUCAUCUUAUCCUCGUAGUUCGGCUACAUCAUCAUCAUAUUCUACGGCUACUGUAUCGCAUCAAUCAUCUUCGCAGCAAUUAAAUCAAUCACAAUCACAGCAUCAACAACAACAUCAACCGUCACAACAUUCAUCGAAUCAAUUACAACAAUCACAAUCGAAUUCGAAUACAUCGCUUUAUUAUCCAGUUACAUCAUCUACGUCUGGAUCAUUAAGUUGUAGCAAUCAUAUACCAAAUUUUAAUCUUUCCAAUAUAUUUCCCGAUAUAACAUCUCCUUCAACAAGUUCUUCAUUAGCACCUCUUCCUCCAUCACCCGCUGCUUCUAUUGUAAACUCUUCUGCUUAUCCAUCAUAUAUACCAAGUUCAAUUCCAACAGCAGAUCCAUCGUCAUCCAGUUCGGUUGGUUUGGUGAACGGUGGUGGUGGUAGUAAAUUCAAUUCACGUUUAUCAUCAUCAUCGAUAUCAAAUAAUUUACCGAAAUUUUUACCUGGUAGUUCGUCAUCAUCAAGUUCUAUAACCAAAUCUUUGACAUCAUCAUCAUCGGUGGUAAGUGUUGAAGCAUUAACUUUUUCUUCUUCAAAUAUCGGUUCCAGCAGUGUCACUGGUAGUUUAGUUGAAUCAACACAUCAAACAUCGAAAAAUUAUUAUCAACCAUCGAGCCAUUCAAAUUCAUCAAAUUAUCAGUCUCAUUUCUAUCCGCCACCACCACCGUCAGCUUCAACCGGUCCUCAUUCGAAUUUUUCGAAUGCAACAAAUGUUACACCAAUGUCACCAUCAAUUAUAACCAAUCGACGACCAUCAACAUCAUCAUCUACAGCGGUAGCAAUAGCUGCUAUUAAUGAUACGACAUCUAAUGCAACAGCAACUAUGAUGAAUCAUCAUCGAAAUUACCAUCAUCUUGUUCCACCACCACCGCCAUCAACAGCUGCUGUCGAUAAUCAUUCACAUCAUACACAUCAAUCACAUCAUCAUCCUCAUCCUUCAUUUGGACCAUUUCCAUAUCCACCGCCACCAUCGAUGGUACAUCAUCAUCACCAUCAUCAUCCACAUCAUACACAUCAAAUUGAUCCAUCAUCAUCAUCAUCAUCAUCGAAUGUAACAUUUGGACAACAUAGCGUUCAAUCACAAUCACAUCCAUCGCAACGAUCAAAUCAUUCACAUCAUACGACAAUGGGUGUUGUACAUGGUCAAUCUGCGACACAUAAUCCUCAUGUACCAUCAUCAUCAUCAUCAUCAAUGAUGGCAUCAGCUUCAUCAACAACAUCGACAUUAACUAGUUUUCGUAGCUCAACAUCAUCAUCAUCAUCGAAUGUAGAUAAUAAUACAUCUUCAAGUAGUAGUAGUGUACCACCACCUCCUCCUCAUCAUCAUCCGCAUAUAUCAUUUCCUUUAUUCAAUAUACAUCGUAGUGAUCUUUGAAAACAAAACAAAAAAAAGUUUAGGAUUAAUUUUUCUUUUUGGGAUCUCUUGGACUUGAUAACAUCCAAUGGUACAAGAAUGAAUUAUAUAUUUUUGUUUCUCUGUGAUUCUAUUAUUAUUACAUUGUAUUAAUU